GAUGACUUUUCAAAUAAUCUCGCGACAGACCUGGCACCGUUUCUAUCCCUCUUUGGUGAGCAGAUCACGAAACAAUACCUCAGCGAAAGCAUUACUACAAUCGACUAUUUCAUAUUCGCAAUGGCGCCCAUGGGCAUCCUGACAGCGGUAGUCUCCGCGAUUCGCGUGUGCGGGAGUCCGUCGCUGCGCGCCUUCAUCGGCAGAGCACAAGAA